AUGGCUUCAAGAUCUUAUUCCAUAGGAGUAAACAAUGUCACUGAAUUCAUUUUCUUGGGUCUUUCUCAGAACCCAGAUGUUGAAGAAGUAUGCUUUCUUGUGUUCUCCUUCUUUUACAUGGUCAUAGUGCUGGGAAACCUCCUCAUUAUGCUUACAGUUUGCACUGGUAAUCUUUUCAAGUCCCCCAUGUAUUUUUUCCUCAACUUUCUAUCUUUUGUGGACAUUUGCUACUCCUCAGUCACAGCACCCAAGAUGAUUGGUGACCUGUUAGUGAAGAAAAAAACUAUCUCCUAUGUGGGGUGCAUGUUACAACUCUUUGGUGUUCAUUUCUUUGGUUGCACUGAGAUCUUCAUUCUUACCGUUAUGGCCUAUGAUCGAUAUGUGGCCAUCUGUAAACCCCUCCACUACAUGACUAUCAUGGACCGUGACAGAUGUAACAAGAUGUUGCUGGGCACAUGGGUGGGUGGGUUCUUUCACUCCAUUAUCCAAGUUGCUCUGGUGGUACAGCUCCCCUUUUGUGGACCCAAUGAGAUUGAUCACUACUUCUGUGAUGUACACCCUGUCCUGAAACUUGCCUGCACAGAUACUUACAUUGUUGGUGUUGUUGUGACAGCCAACAGUGGUACCAUUGCACUGGGCAGUUUUGUUAUCUUACUAAUCUCAUAUACAGUUAUUCUGGUGUCUCUGAGAAAACAGUCAGCAGAAGGCAGACGCAAAGCUCUCUCCACCUGUGGUUCCCACAUUGCUGUGGUCAUCAUCUUUUUUGGUCCCUGUACAUUCAUGUAUAUGCGGCCUGACACUACCUUCUCAGAGGAUAAGAUGGUGGCUAUAUUUUACACAAUUAUCACUCCCAUGCUGAACCCUCUGAUUUACACUCUGAGAAAUGCAGAAGUAAAGAAUGCAAUGAGGAAACUGUGGGCUAGAAAGGUUUUCUGGCAGACUACAGGAAAAUAG